AAUUAAACUGUCCUCGACUUGAAUCUUACCAUCUGGUUGUAGAAAACAUUCUCUCAUAAAACAUGUGCAUAUGCAAAUACAGAGAAUUGGGUAUUCUGAGUACAAGCCCUCUGCAGUAUCCCACAUAUGUCGAGCCGUUGAACACGCAGUCGCAUGAACCCUACCGUUACACAACAUCCAUCGAUAGCUCGCAGUCAGCCCUACCCGUAUAUACAUGUACGCACAUACAUCCAUACAUGAAAACAAACACACAAAACAAACAAUAUUUCCCGUCUUGCUUUUUUCCUUUCCCUGGUAUACCUUACCUUACCGCGUUUAUUUUCUUUUGUUGUAGUUCCCUUAAACGCGAUAUGCGGUUCCGUUCGUAUUUGUGGGCGGUGUGGGUGGGGGUGGUUACAGGCGUCAAAACCUCAAUAAACCUCGUAUCGUACCGCGGCUUGCCACCCAACAAUAUUAUCAUCAAAAACCUGUUCUUUGCUCCUGCAGGGACUUUUCGCUAAUGCGUCUCCUCAACGAAUUCGCGAUGACGAUGGCAAUCAUUUCACGAGAGAGAUGGGGAAAAUCUAUUAACACGGCUAUAGAGAGAUUCUAAAGAAGUAAGAGAGUAAGAUGAUCACCUAGAAGUCAGUGGAGAGGGUACGUACCUAUCAGGUCAACUUGCGAAACACGU